CUGCCUUCAGUCUUAGUUCAGCUUUACUACUCGUCGGACCUUCGAUCGCCGUGAAAUUAGUUAUUUAUUUCAAAACCCAUUCGUUCGAUAAUCAAAAAUCAUGAAGUUCUACCUGUUGGUGAUCGUUGCCGUGUCGUUUUUGACCUACAUCAGUUGUGGCAUUUCCAUGACUCAAUCGAAACGCUCCGUUCCCCUCGCUCAAUUCGCAGAUGGCUGCAUCCAGUGCAAUUCCAAGACCAACGAACGCUGCGCCACCGAUCCGCUGAGCGUGCUCAACCGCAACUGCUCCGAUGGAACCUCCAAUUGCUACUCCCGUGUAGUGGAUGGGUACACGAUUCGUGGAUGUGCCGUCGACUUGGACAAUGCCACCCGGUCAACGUGCAACAACGAGCUGAUCUGCCAGCUUUGCACCUACUCCGAAGGCUGCAACAGGAACACGUUCCCGGUUAGUCGACUGCAGUGCCUUCAGUGCUCUGGCAACUCAACUUCUUCGGCCUGUGCCACUGAGACCUACUCGCAAGCGAAAAUCUGCCCGAUCUACAAGUUCGGCGAUCAGUGCUACAUCCGCAACAGCAACCGCACCGUGGACGGAUCCUUCCAGCGUGGAUGCCUAAGCUCGGCGAAUGCCAACAAGCAGUGCGUCAAGGGUGGCAAUUGCUACACUUGCGAUGGCCGCGGUUGCAACUUCCUGGUGGCCAACGAUACGAACAUCCCUCUGGCCCGUGAUUCCGGUGCCCAUGUUGCGGUGUCCAUGUCCUUGAUGAUCGGUGGUCUCCUGGCUGCCUGGAGGCUUUAAAUAAGAAACACGAAAGAAAUUUAUAGUCGAGUUUAGUUAUUGUGACUAUAAGAUACCCGUUAUCGGCCAUAAAAACUAUAAACUAUAUAAAGAUGAAAGCCAAUCCUGCCACAUUCCCAGCUUUCGAAACUUCAUCAGCCGUAUUAAGUGUCAUUUUUUUUUUUAGCAGCAUUAGCAUUUGAUAUGUAUUCCUUUUUUAUACAACCUCUGUAUUGGUUAUGUCUUUGCCUUGAACAAAAAUAAAGAUACAAAUUAAAUGAGAUAAAGAA